CAGACGAUAAUCUUUGCAGUUACAGAAUACAACGUGCUGUUCGUAAAUAAACAUUUCCGUAGGGUCGAUCUUAUUGUAUAACUAAUAAUUUUAUAUGUAUUUCUCAUGCGAACUAAUCUAUAAUCAUGAUAAGUAGAUGUAAUGUAUCCGAAAUUAUUUCUCUGUACAUAUUUUCAGCAUGGUAUUGGUUUGUUGAAUGGUUUAGCAGACUUCUGUGGUUAAGAUCGGGAUUAUCAGGACAAGUAUUUAUGAGGUGUGAAGGAAGAACAGCUCUAAUAACUGGUGGCACUAGAGGAAUUGGAUUUGAAACAGCUAAAAAGCUAUUAUCUUUUGGAAUGAAUGUUAUUAUAGGAUCUGAUUCAUCAUCUGCAGAAAGUGAAAAAUGUCUUCAACUAUUGCGGAGUUUAUAUCCUAAAAGCAAAGUUGAGAUCUGGUAUGUUGAUCUUUCUUCCAUGGAUUCUGUGAAAGAGUUUGCCGAAAAAUAUUUGCGUUCAGGCUUACCUCUUCAUAUUUUAAUUAAUAAUGCUGGAAUUAUGUUUGCUCCAUAUAAAAUAACAGAAGAUGGUUUAGAAUCUCAUAUGGCUAUCAAUUAUUUUUCUCACUGUCUUCUUACCAAAUUGCUUUUACCUUGCAUAAAGCAAUCUGGAAAUCCAAAAUGUAAAGCUAGAAUAAUUAAUGUGUCAUCAUGUUUGCAUUUUAUAUCUCAGAUUGACUUCAAUGAUUUAAAUAGCAUCCAUUCCUACUGUCCACAUCAUAGUUACAAUCAAUCAAAACUUUGUCAAGUCAUGUUUACGCAUGCCUUAAAUCGUUUCAUGAAAAGUAGUAACUGUCCAGUUUUAGUUCAUUGCAUUCACCCAGGAAUAAUAUAUACAAAUUUGUACAGAUAUGUUUGGUGGGCAAAAUUUUUAGGACCAUUAUUGUUUCAGAAACCUGAAAUUGGUGCUGAAGUUGCUGUUUAUGCAGCUUUAUCUACCAACUUAGAAACUAAUGGUGGAAAAUAUAUUGAAGAAUAUUCAGAAGUACAACCAAGUAAAUAUUCUCAAGACCAGGAAUUUCAAAGUAGACUGUGGAAUGAAACAUGGAAAAUUUUACAACCAUGGUUAGAUGAAGUAGAUGAUAUUCCAUCUGAUAUUUCAGAUUAAAAAAAUUUGCCUUGUUUUAUUCAAAAAUAUGUAAAACCUUUCAAACUAUUUUACUACUUUAGUACUUACUGGUGCUGUAACAAAAUACUAUUUAUUAAUAAGAAACUUACAUGGAAUUACAAUUAAGUCAUAUGUAUGCUUUUUUUUAUUUUCUAAUAUUUAGCAUGUAUACAGUGUUGUACUUUUUUCUAAGCAUUCCGUUUUUUUUUUUUUUUUUUUUUCUCCCCUUUCUUUUUCCCUAUUUCAGUGAAUUAUAUAAUUUAGAAUUUCUUUUAAUAAUUUGUAUGAUUAUUUUUUAUUUAUUUAUAAUUUUAGACUUAUUUAUUGAAGACUUUUAUCAUUUUUAUGAUUUAUAUUGUUAUUGCAAUAAAUAUUGUUCUAUAUUAUAUAUUAUUUUUAACCGACUUCCAUAAACAAUUUGCUAAUGAAGCAAAGCUAAGAACUACAGUAAAGUUAUUAUUUGCUUAAUUAUUUAAAUAAAUGUAUGUUUGUAAAUACAUCGAAUUUUUUAAUAUUUAGAGUGUUUCUCUGCUAUCUAUUGCAAUGGAUCAGAAAAUAUGGAAUGAAUUAUAUUAAGAAUGUAAAACAGUAGGAUAAAAUCUGAGCUUUUUAUACCUAUAAAUACAUAUGUUGAAAAAUGUAUUAAUGGUAUUUUGUUAUUUAUUCCUUAAUAUUUUAAUUCUUCAGUUUUUAUGAAAAUUUUCAAAACUGCAUAAUUUAUUAUGAAAUAUAUGGCAGCUAGAAAAUUCGUGUAUCUUAUAUUGUAAUUUAAGAAUAUUUGUAUCUUAUUAAUAUAAACUGUUGUUUAAUCUUUUCUAAUAAAAAUUAAUCAUUAUUUAAUUUUUCCAUAUAAUAGUUUAAAAGGAGUUGAUAAUAGAAUUACUUUAAAUAUUUCUUGUUAUUUUUUUUAAUAAAUAAAUAAAGAUUGCAUCAGAAAUAGUUCUGUUUUAUUAAGCUAUUGUAAGUUUCAUUUGUAUGAUAUUAUAUUGCUGCUUUUAAUUCAUACAAAAAUAAAUAUCAUCAAUUAAUUUGGUGAUUAAAGUAAUGAAAUUGAAAAUAUUUUAUAUUGUAUUAAAAUCUGUUAUUUUAUUCUAUUAGAACUAUCAAAUGGCUCAUAAUUAGUCAUUAAUAUUUGAAAUGCUGAAUUCUUUUUUUUCUUGCUGUGGUGAUAUGUGUUGUAAGUGAUAGAUACCGUGAAUUUUUUUCACAAAUUAGAGAUUUUUAAAAAUGUGAUAAUAACAAUUUUAUAAUAAUUAAAUUUUAUUGAUUGGAAGAUUUUAAUGUGAUUGAGUUGUGAAUUUUAAUACAAAAUACAAUUCUCAAUUGCUUUAAAUAUAAAGACGAACUGCUGUGUAUUAUAGGGUGGUGACAGAAAUCAGAGAAAUUCAUUAAAAUGUCUUAAAAUCAGAUAAAUUUGUGUAUGAGGGCAUUAGCAGGCCAUUCAUCACAUGAUCAAUAAAUUUGCACUAUCAUUUCUAUAUAUCUAAAGCUUAAUGUCGAAAAAACGAUUGUAGCAACCAAAUCAGGGACAGCUUUCUUUCAAGGAUAUGGUGACUUUUUGGAAUUUCAUUGCGACAAUAAUUACGAAGAGCAAUAAGCUAAUGAAUGUUGGUAACAGUAGCCCUGAUGAAACUUUCGGAAAGAUCGUUUUUCACUUUUCAAAGAACAGAGAGAGUGAACCUGUUCCAUUCAAAGAACAGAGAGAGUGCUCAGAGCUGGUUCCGUUUGCUCUCAACUGAAAGCCUUACAACUAUGUCAUAUCAUUGUCAAAGAUGAUAAUGAUACAUUUGCUUGGCAGCAAUAUUGUUGAGAGGGGAUUUUCGAUCAAUAAAGAUUUGCAGAAUAUGAAAAAACUGACAUUCAUUUCAGUCAUUCAUUUAUGACAUCAUUCAAUCAAUCAAAUGGUAAAUAUAGUCAUUUUGAUGUGUCAGAACAAUUUAUUUCAUGUUUGAAGAAAUCAUGAGCCAGAUAUGAAAAGUAUAAAAAGAAGAGAGAAAGGGAGAAAAUAUAUAAAGGAAAAAAUAGGAAGGAAAAAAGAGAAGCAGGAUAUCAGCUCAAGGAAUUAAAUUCAAUCAAUAAAUAAAAAUUUAAUUGAUGCAACUCAAAAAGGGAAUAUAAGAUUUGAGAAAAAAAUUGCGAGUUUCAAAAUUUUGCAAAAAGAAGCUUUAAAGACUUUAAUUAAUUUAAAGUAGAACUGGUUGUUUUAAGCCAAAUAUUUUUUAUUAAUACUUUACUAAUUGACAUUUCAAUUUUGAAAUUAAUAAGUGAUUAUUAUUGGUAAUUUGCAUUUUUAAUUGUAACAAGCAUGCUUUUGUUACUUGUUAUUUUAGUUAUUAUCUUUAAAUUAUUUUACAUCUAGCAUUAUUUAUAAUAAUAAAUGGAAUUUAAAAAAACUGCAAUUCAUUUAUUAAAACAUAAGUGUUUGAUUAGAAGAAUUAAUUUUUUUAUGAUUUGCUGAAGAAAAAAGAUUUAACGUAAUAUUUGGUAGUUUCUUUUGUUAAAUCUUUGUUAAAAUGUAUAUUAUUAGAUGCAUAUGUAACUCUGAUAUUUAUGUAAUGUGCACUUAUUUGUUAUUGAACUGUUUAAAAAUGUUGAGCAAAGAUCAUAAUAACUUUUAUUAUUAACAUAAAUUAACUUGUAUUGGAAAGAGUAGUUUUAAUGUUUCUUAGAAUUCUUAUGCAAUUUUAGAAAUAUUCACUUUGUUAAAAUUUCCAAUAUUUUUUCCAUAUAAGAAAUGUAAAAUUCUGUUGUGUUUUCUAUUAUGCUAAAAAUUAUUAAUGUUAAAAAUUAAAUUCCAUAAAAAAAAUAUAUUACUUUUUAGAUAUUAAAGGGCUUGUAAAAAUGUUUUUGAUAAUGUAUAUUGUACACACAUACUGAUUUUUAGUCGGGAGAAAGCACCAAUGUAAUUAAAAGAAGUCAGGAAACUGUUGCAAGUUUUGUCAGGGAAAUUUUUUUUUCACAAUUUCUGUACCCACGCUUUAAUAAUUCAUAAGCUAUGUUGUUGUUAAUAUGUUUCAUAUAUUUUAUUUGUUUUGGAUCUUUUUUUUAUCAUGCAAUAAUUGUACUUGAUUGCGGAAUAAGUAAACCAUUGUGAUGUUUUUACAAAACUAAGCGAUUA